CGUUGAGGGCGGAAGCAGGACAAGCAGCUCCGGCGCCAUGGCUCGAAAUGCAGAAAAGGCCAUGACGGCCUUGGCGAGGUUUCGCCAGGCGCAGCUUGAGGAAGGCAGAGUCAAGGAGCGGAGACCUUUUCUGGCCUCAGAGUGCAACGAGCUGCCGAAAGCCGAGAAGUGGAGACGACAGAUUAUUGGGGAAAUCUCCAAAAAGGUUGCUCAGAUUCAAAAUGCUGGUUUGGGUGAAUUCAGAAUUCGUGACCUGAAUGACGAAAUAAACAAACUCUUAAGAGAGAAGGGACAUUGGGAAGUCCGGAUAAAGGAACUAGGGGGCCCCGACUACGGAAAAGUUGGUCCGAAGAUGCUAGAUCACGAAGGCAAAGAAGUUCCUGGCAACCGGGGUUACAAGUACUUCGGAGCGGCUAAAGACUUACCAGGUGUCAGGGAGCUCUUCGAAAAAGAACCUCUCCCUCCCCCCCGGAAGACGCGAGCUGAGCUCAUGAGGGCCAUCGAUGCCGAGUACUAUGGCUAUCGGGAUGAGGAUGAUGGCGUUUUGGAGCCCCUGGAACAGGAGCAGGAAGAGAAAGUCAUUGCAGAAGCCGUGGAAAAAUGGAAAGCGGAAAGAGAAGCGAGAGGUGACAAGGAAGAGGAGGAAGAAGAAGUCAACAUCUACGCGGUCCCCGAGGAUGAGUCCGACGAAGAGAGUGGCAGGGAGAAGGAAGCGGAAGAGGGGGAGCAAAAGUUUAUCGCUCACGUCCCCGUGCCGUCACAGCAAGAGGUUGAGGAAGCUCUGGUGCGCAGAAAGAAGAUGGAGCUUCUCCAAAAGUAUGCCAGCGAAGCCCUCAUGGCCCAAAGUCAAGAAGCCAAAAAGCUGCUCGGGCUUUGAUGCCGUAUUCCUGGCCGCGGGUCUGGCGUCCCAUCCACCCGGCCUUCCCCCCGGGAGCGCCAGCCCUCGGCCGGCUGGCCAAAACUUGGAUUCUGGACGCAGGCCGCAGCCGUGUGUGAUCCCUGCUCGGCCCAGCUCUGGCCAGGUUGGGCUUAUCUCAUGCUGAACAUUUCAGCAACUCGUUUUCUAUAAACCCUUGGGAAUACAUGGAACUGCUGUGCUCUGGAUGGUUGUAAUAUCUAAUCCUCGUGGAGAAGCUUUUAAUGAAAGUAUUUUGUGUAAAAAAAUAAACAAAACCAAGCAAAAA